UCUGUGUUAAUUUUGUAAAUUGCCAUAAUGGCGCCGUAGAAAUGUAGGAAACGUAAAGUUACAAUGUGGAAAUAUUAAAGAAUCAUGGUAUUCUUAACUUGAAUAAUGUGGAAUAUUGUAUCUAUAGUGUUUUGUGUUCUAUUAGUAGGUGUUAGUAUUCUAUUCUUUCCAUUUACAAUUGCUUGUCUAGUUGUUCUAACGGUCAGUGGCUUCUUGCUUGUACAUGAGUUUGAAUGGACUGUUAAUCUGUCCCAAUUGAUAAUUUGGUUGAAAUCUAGCUUUGAUUCCUUGAUGGAUAUUGGAAAAUUCAAAUCUAAACCACCUCCAAGAGUAAUUAACAGUAAUGGAGUAAGUAAAACUCAUUCACCUUUGAUGACAAACAAAAUCAAGGUAACUCCUAACCUCAAUUCGCAAACAAAAUUUGUCAACGAACCUUUCGUUGGUGACAUUUACAAAAUGUCUUUGAAUGACUGCAACGGACAUAGUACACCAAACAGUUUUUCUGGCAAUGGAAAUUACAAAUAUGAUAAGCAACAAGAUAAACGGAACUCGUGGUAUAAUAGUACACCUAAAAGUGUUUCUGGUAGGCCUAGUGGAAAUUACACAUAUGAAGACAAUAGGAAUUCCAUCACCAAAUCCAAUGAAGAUCAACCAGUGGUUAUUCAAAGAAAUGUUCAAACAGCGGCUGGACCUCUGUUGGUCUCGACAAGGUUCAACUCAAAUAUCAGCUCAGAACUAUCAGCGAACGCAAGCAGUGCUGGUUUCUCUAGUCGCGUGGCGCACAAGGGAGCGGAAAUGGCGGCUGCAGCCGCAUCAGCUGUGACGCAUCAGGCCAAAUACGCAGGCGUCGGCGUCUUUCCAGUCGUCCAAUUGCAGAGUCGCUCGCCCAAGCUCCGCCUCUCGGCUGCGCGCGCAUCCUCUGCCUCUGUGCGCGUGCGCAUUGCGCCUCCUGAUACCAGUCCUCUGUGUGGUGGUGGUAUGAGUACAACUGACUUUUCAAACGUGACUGAAGGUGAAGACUCUGUAAAAUCUGUUCUGCAAGUGUUGAAAGAAAUAUCGCGAAAACGGAUACAUUCACAGGUUGACGAGGAUGCAGAUGAAGCUGUGAAAAAGCCGAAGAAGGACAGAAUCGAUGAGAAUCUCUCAAAGACUCUUGAUUCAGCUGUACAAAACAAACGCGGCCGCGAAGACUCGCCGCGCAGCAGCGAUGAGGUGAAACGGCAGCGCCGUAACGGAGCAGCGGUAGCUGUCACAACUAGAAGCAACGAGAUCAUGAGUUCACUGAGCUCCAGUCUCAGCGUCAAGCCGCCACAUCUCUGCAAGCCGGUCAAGGGCACCAAGCGGAAGGCUCACGCUGUAGAUUGGUCUCGAUGCUCGACUCCGGUGACUGGCAAAGUGCUCAAAGUGAAUACGUCUCCAAACCAAGAUCAAACUCCUAUGCCUUCCAAACCUCAGGAUGAGUCAACACCGCAGCAAGUGGCACAGAGCCAGCCACCACCUUGUGAGGUGCGCAGUGGCGUUGUGUGCAUCGAACCAGGCCAGCGGCGGCUGCUGGCAAGGGGCGGAGCCAACGUGCGAGUGCCGGCCAAUGGCGGCGAGCCUGUGACGUCAUCGUCGCCGUCCGAUGACACGCCCCCUCCAAGCCACGCUCCACCUUCGCCCGCCCCCUCUUCGCAUCUGCUCCGUCAGAUGAACGAUCCCGGACAACGGCUGAAGGACAUGUUGGCGGCUAUCAACGGUGGAGAAGAUGUGUCUACAGAAGAGCCGACCAUGAGUCCAAAUGUGGUGGCCAUCUUGAAGAGUGCCAAAUCCACAGUGACCAAAAGUGGGGAGAGCUCUUCAUCCAUUCUGAAAACACCCGACCAACAAGAUGGACACAAAACAGUCACAUUUGCUCAGCCAUUGACCUCAGCCAUAUCCGAGUUUCCCUCUUCACUGUCAACCACAGCCAACCAAGUGUCACCGUUCACACUGCCGUCAUCUUUGUCAAGUGCAUCAUUGCAGGGUGCAAUUGCAGCAGAACCACCCAAGCCUGCUCCACCUGCAUUCUCGCUGCUCAAACAAGAGGAUAAAAGUCAGGCCAAUACGCCACUGUUUGGCAGCACUGGUUUCAGUGGAAAUGCCACCAAUGAUGACACUAAAGCUGCACCCAAACUGGAAGGUAGCAGUCUGUUUGGAGUGAACACUGCCGAGAAAUGCAGCACAUCUGUUGCUAGUGCAGUGGUGUCAUCUGCAGCAACAAGCCAACCAUUGAUGUCAUUUGGUGGUUCCACUGCUGCAAAACCGACUGAGUCUCCGGCAACAUCAUUCUCAGGAGGAAAACCAGCUGAACCCUCAACAACACCUCUAUUUGGAGCUAAACCAGCUGAAUCGCCUGCAACAACAUCACUAUUUGGAGCUAAACCAGCUGAAUCGCCUGCAGCAACAUCUUUAUUUGCAGCAAAACCAGCUGAAUCGACUGCAGGAACAUCUUUAUUUGGGCCAAAACCAGUUGAAUCACCAGCUGCAACAUCUUUAUUUGGAGCGAAACCAACUGAAUCACCAGCCGGAACAUCUUUAUUUGGAGCAAAACCCACUGAAUCUCCAGCUGCAAGUAUGUUUGGAUCAAAACCAGCUGAAUCACCAGCCGCAACAUCUGUAUUUGGAGCAAAACCAGCUGAAUCACCAGCUGCAACAUCUUUAUUUGGAGCGAAACCAACUGAAUCACCAGUCGGAACAUCUUUAUUUGGAGCAAAACCCACUGAAUCUCCAGCUGCAAGUAUGUUUGGAUCAAAACCAGCUGACUCUUCAGCUGCAACAUCUUUAUUUGGAGCAAAACCAGCUGAUUCUCCAGCAGCAAGUAUUUUUGGAGCAAAACCAGCUGAAUCUGUACCAUCAACAUCAUCCAGCACAAAUGUCAUGUUCAGUGCUGGAAACGCGGCCACAUCAACAGCAUCACCAAUGUUUAACACUCUUGCCAAAUCAACUGAAAAUGCAUCAUCCAAUGGUGCUGGCUCAGCCACUAGCAAGGCCGUUACAUCACCACCUGCAUUUGGUGCCAAUGUUUUUGGAGGCUCCAGCAAUGCUACAAGUACAGCACCUACAGUGUUUGGAGGUUCCACUAGUGUAUCAAGUUCAGCACCUAUAGUAUUUGGAAGCUCCAAUAAUGCAACAAGCUCAGCACCUAAUGUGUUUGGAAACUCCAGUAAUGCAGGAGGGUCAUUGUUUUCAGGCAAUAGCACAUCAGCUAGAGCACAAGUGUUUGGAGCAGCUUCUGCAUCAACAGGCAGUAGUAGUGGUACACCUACCACAACAACUACCACCAACUUGUUUGGAGCCAAAACUACCAGUGAAGGUGAUAAAGCAGCAUCAGCUGGCGGCUCUCUGUUCAGUGCUUCAUCACCAUCCGUUUUUGGCACAACAGCCAAUAGUGGGUCAUCAGCGUUUGGAGGAACAGCAUCAAAACCACAGCAGAACAGUGGGUUUGGGAUGUUUGGUGGUGCAAGUGAUGUGCCCAAAACUAAUGCGUUCUCAUCAGGCACAAGUGCUGCUCCAAUGUUUGGGUCUGCAGCUGGCAGUACUCCUUCAUCUGCAGCUGGGGCAAGUUUUGGUGCAACAUCUUCAACGAGUUUUGGUGCAACAGCAGCAAGUGUUGCAACAGUUGCAACCAGUUUUGGUGCAGCAGCAGCAACUAGUAGCAACGCUUUUGGCCAAACAACCAGUUCACCAGCUUUUGGUGGAUUCAGUUCGGGAGGUGCGUUUGGAAGCAGUAAGCCUUCAGCUCCAACCGCCACUAGCCAGGCCUCGUCACCGAUGUUCUCAUUUGGCAGUCAGACACCUGCUGCGUCAACUGCUCCACUCUUCAAUGGUGCCGGUGCCGCUCAGACAUCGACCACCAACGGUGGCUUUGGAGGGUUCUCAAGCGAGGACAAAACAAAGACUGUAGGUGGGUUUGGCAGUGCAUUCCAACCAGCCGCUUCCACCUCAGCGGCUCCUGCCUUCUCAUUCGGAUCCAGCGGUGCAAGUGGAUCGGGCGCGUUUGCCUUUAACAACAACAGUUCUGCUCAGUCAACAACAGAGAACGCAACAUCAGCAUUUUCGUUUCCCAAACCAUCUACAGAACCUAGCAAGCCGUUUGCGUUUGGCGGUGCCAGCAGCAGUGGCGCCACCAAUCAGCAGUCAGCGUUUGCGUUCAAUGGCGGCGCUGUUGCCAGUUCAGCCAGUGUUGCCAGUUCAGCCAGUGUUGCCAGUUCUCCCUCGGCCGGAUUCCAGUUUGGCGCCGCCUCGUCUGCUGCCCCGGCUCAGCCACAAGUUCCCGGUGCUUUUGUAUUCGGUGGCGCGAGUACAUCCAACUCAGGUUUCGGAAUGAAUCCACCGGCUUUCACUCUGGGCGCGGGAGGUGGAGUGGGGAGCGUCGGCUCGCCGGCCGGGGGGGCUCGCUUCAGCAUCGGCUCAGGCUCGACCAGUGCGCGCUCAAGGUCCGUGGCAAGAGCCAAGCGCACCAAAUAGACUACAUUCACCGCCGAUCGUUCUUGUGCUGGUCCUUCUGAAGCAAGCCAUCUCGUGAAAGUUAAUGAUUAAUUCAAACGAUGAACUGCAGUUUCGAUAAGUGUACAUACUCUAUAAAUUUAAUGUAAUAAUCAUUAGUCAUUUAUAUUUCUUGAAUGCUGAUCAGGGGGGAACCAAAUUAGGUAAACAUGUUAUUUUUUCCUAUUAUUGUUGUGAAUAUUUUGGGUAGUAUAUUUAUUUGACAAGGGAUGUGAAAAUUCGCAAAUAUUAUUUAUCAUCGGUACAAAAUUCAGAUUAAUAGUUUUGUAAUAGUAAUAUCUUGUCUUCAAAACACUUUAUUUUCCUUGAUUCUCCACUUCUUUUUCUACUUCUUCAUCCUCUUAGAUUUUUUUUUCAUUUUUCUUGUAUUCGUUUGGUUUUUUUAAUUGCUGUUACUGUACACGCUUUGGUUAGUUUAUCUGGGAACAUUCUGUGUAUAUAUACUUAGGUAUAAGUAGUAGUAGUGGUAUAAGAAGUGGAGUGGUUGGAAAUUAUAUAGUUUUUGUAGGCAAUGCUAUGAUUAUUGUUUAAUUGAUAUUUAAAUGCUAGUUAAUAAUUAUUUAGUUAUAAUCAAUAUUAUUAACAAUAACGUUUGAGCCAAGCCUCACAGUUUUAAAUUAAAAUAAUAUACUCAUUUUCAUUGAUUCUGGUGAAAAUGAGAGAUAAAUUUACACUUGAAUUUUAUUGUUUAUAUUAUUUUUGUGAACAGACUAUUUUUUAAUAUUAGUUGAAAACUAGAGUUUAUAGAGACAGACUGGUCUCUUUUAGCAGACAUCUUGAAAAGAUUUAUUGUAAAAAUAUCAUGGUGUUAAUCUCGUUUAAUUUUGAUUCAGAGAUGACCUGUGUUUUAAAAAUGACAAUCAAGCAAAAUUAAUUAUUAUUCAAGCUGAUAUAACUCAGUACCUAAUUGGAUGGAAAUAUUCAAAAUACGAGAGGCUUUGGCUCUUUCUAAAAAAUAUUUUAAGGUUAUGUGAGAUUGAUUGCUUCCAUCGUGAAUAAUUUGUUAUUAAAAUUUAGUUUUUGUGUUUUAUUUUGUUUUUUUUUUCAUUAUCAAUCUUUUUUUCAUAUAAUGUUAUCAGUCAACAUAGGAGAAUUAUUAUUAAACAAUUUUCAAAGUAUGAUUUUUUUUCUAAAGUAGUAAAUUUUUGUAUUUUUUCCGUGUAUUUGGAUCCAUACAAUAAUUGGUAGUCCCAGCUGGAAUAUAGAUAUGUGGCUCAUUGACAGCUAAAAUAUACAGGGUGGGUAAAAAGUCCGAGAACGGCU